GAAAUAUUUGCGUGGUGGCGGACUGCCUGUACUGACACUGCUCACAGAGAGAGAGAGAGACAUUUCACAUGGAUAGCAGCACGAACAUUACAUUCAAUCGCGAAACAGUUGGGCUAUGAAAUACUGGUGUCAUAUAUGAGACCUGCCUGAAAGAGAGAGAGAGAGAGAGAGAUGAAGAUUGGUGCUAUCUCAAUGCUGAGCCCGGUCAAAGAUGUCUUACCAUGGAAAGAGUUCUCCCACACAGCCCGUCUGAGCCCCACAGAGCGCAACGACACAGUCGGAUGGCUGUCCACUCUGCCUGCCCUUCACAGUCAUCAUCCACCCUGUCCCAUCUGUGAGAGAAUGCACCCUAGUGGUACCCACUGCUCUGCCCCGGAGGAGAGCGGCAAGACCUCCACAGAACCUGGAGAGGCUCAGCUGGACUUCUACCUUAAACUGGGCUACUCCCCAGCGCAGGUCUGGACCGUGUUGCAGAAGUUUGGCCUGAACACAGACACGAACAGGGUUCUGGGAGAGCUGGUGCGGACGGGAGCCAGUCUAGAAGGGAUUGAGCAGGAGAAGGAGGGAGCCCCGUCUAUCCUGGUGGCCCGAGGGGAGACCCUCAAUAACCUGCCCCUCACCCCUCCACCCAGCUGGGGCGAUGUACCCAGUGAGGAGGGAGAUGCCCUGAGACCCAUAGUGAUCGAUGGAAGCAACGUGGCUAUGAGCCACGGGAACAAGGAAAUGUUUUCCUGCCUGGGAAUCCAGCUGGCGGUAAACUUCUUCCUGGACAGAGGUCAUACGGACAUCACUGUGUUUGUUCCCUCAUGGAGGAAGGAGCAGCCUAGACCAGAUGUCCUCAUCACAGAUCAACACAUUUUGCGUGAGCUGGAGAGGAAGAAGAUCGUGGUGUUCACCCCUUCGCGGCGUGUAGCGGGCAAACGUGUGGUCUGCUAUGACGAUCGCUUCAUCGUCAAGCUGGCGCAUGAGACCGCCGGCAUCAUCGUGUCCAACGACACCUACCGUGACCUUCAGGGCGAGAGACAGGACUGGAAGCGCUUCAUUGAGGAGAGGCUACUCAUGUACUCCUUUGUCAAUGACAAGUUCAUGCCCCCUGAUGACCCUCUGGGUCGUCAUGGUCCCACCCUGGAGAACUUUCUACGGAAGGUUCCUCGUUUGCCACGGAAACAGCCGUGCCCUUAUGGCAGGAAAUGCACUUAUGGGAUGAAGUGUAAAUUCUACCACCCGGAACGAGCCAACCAAUCCCGUUGCUCUCUGGCUGACGAGCUGCGGAAGAAGGCCAAGCUAUCUUUAUCAGAACAAAAACACCCCACUGCAGGUGCUGGACCUGCCUAUGGCCUUUCUCUGGAGGAGGGGAUGGCUCAGAAACUGCCUCUAGAACAGAGGAAUGGCUCCCUGAAGAAAGGCCACAUCAGUGAGAAUGUGCUUCUGAUCAAGGGAAGCCAUCGUUCCAGCCAGAGGUCCCCAACUAAGAAGGACAAGACCAACCGACACUUGACCAAUCUGGACUCGGCCAUGCUCAGUGGCUCUCAAUCCCCGACAGACCUGGACACGGCCCUGCCCAGUGGCUCUCAGGAGCGACUAGAUUCUGGUCUUGGCUCCUUCGAGAGCCAGGUGUCUGACCCCUCCAGGGACCACUGUGACCGUUAUGGGAAUGCUGGGUUCAGGAACUGCCUGUCCCCCCCCAGUAUGAGACAACAAAUCUAUUCCCUGCCUAGCAACCUGCCUUCUAGCUGCAGCUCUCAUCCUCCUCAGCCUUUACUGGGCCCCAGCACAGGAUACCAACAACAUCGCAGCAGGGGCCCAGCCAGCACCUACCACCCAGGCAAGAUAACCUACAGCCCCACCUAUUACCUCAGCUAUGGGGCACCGAUAUAUCCAGUUGGGAAGCAUCAGUACAGGUAUCCCAAUGACUUCCAACAGGAGAACAGGGCCCACCCUCCACAGCAGACCUACUGGUCCGAUCCGUUCGGGACUUAUCCUCAGACUCUCCAUAGCACUGAUCAAAUGGAGAAGCAGAGACACUGGCUCCUCCCUCGGACACACCCCCACCCCCACGGGGAGAGCAGGGAGAGAGAGGAGGUCAGGAAGAAGCUGCUGGCUAUCUUUAAUGGCCGUCUGGUGGACAAGGUCAUGGACAUGUUUCCCCAGCUCAUGGACCCACAGAGAUUGGCUGCUGAGAUCCUCAUCCUGCAGUCUCCGGGCCUGUGAUUGGCUCGUUGCUCUGCUAUGGCGGGGACUGGGAAUUUUAGUUUCUUUCAAUUGAAAGAAUCUCUUGUAAAAAACUGCAAGCUACUGUAAAGAUCUUCCUACUGCAUGUGCAUUGAUCUUCCUACUGUAUGUGCUCUGCUCAAUGUGUUCUUGCCACGUGUUUCAGGAACUAUGUUGCUUAUAGCGCUUCUGAUAGCGUGGAACCUGAGGCAAUGGAUUGUUGAUGCAAAUUGCAUCUUUUGGGGGAAAAAAAAUAUUUUUUCUAGACUCUUGAAUGUAUUUGAUGGGAAAAUGUAAUGUAUUUGAGAAAAUAUUCUUACAGUAUUUUUAUAUUUUUAUUUCACCUUUAUUUCACCAGGUAGGCCAAUUGAGAACAAGUUCUCAUUUACAACUGCAACCUGGCCAAGAUAAAGCAAAGCAGUUCGACAAAAACAACAACACAGAGUUACACAUAAACAAACGAACAGUCAAAUAACACAAUAGGAAAAAAGAAUCGAUGUGUGCACUUACAUAUGUAUGAUGUGUUCUGAGGUCUAUGUAUCAAGAUGAGUUAUGGCAUAAAGAGUGUUAUUGGCACUGUGUGCCAUUAUGGUGGGUCACAGCUAACUAUCUAGCUAGUACGCUAGUGAAGUAGAUGCCCUAUGGGUCUUGUUUUUUUGAAUAACAUUAAAGCUGGAAUCCAUACGUCCGUUUGAAACCUUACAAAAACAAAGAUUUUACUUCAAACAACCAACACAGUCCCCCCUCAGACUUAGAAUCGGCAGAAUAUGAGUUGUGUUUUCCAGACGUUCCUCUCCUCCUUUCUUCAACAAAACAACAACAAUAACAGUGGUGCUGUUUCACCUUAUGCUGAUUCCAGUUGUAAUGUUCUGAGCAGAACAACAUAUGCAUUUCUUUUUAAUGAUAAAAAUGCAUUUUAAGUAGUACAAAAAAAGCACACGACUAUAUCUAAAGUUUAAAAAUAAAAUACAAAUAUUUACAGUCAGAAGUAGAAGAGUAGAAAGAGGUUGUGAUUUGCCACUAUCUAAUAAAUAACCAUAAUAAAACAUUUUAAAAAUCUACUUGUGUGCAGCAAUGAGAGAACAGUGUAUAAUUCCAGAUCAUUGAUUUGUGACAGGUUUUAGUUCCCUGUUUUAGUUCCCUGCUGUGAGCUUUUGUUUCUUCUUUUCUUCAGUGUACAUGGAAUUGUGGUAUGGGAUACAGUCAAUUAAUCAUUUCAGUGUUUUAUGCAAACAUUUUAAAUAAAAAACUAAAUAUAUUUAAA